AUGUCGGCUGCCCUCUGCCAAAGUACAAAGACCAGAUCUCCUGACUGCGGGAUCCCCGAGGAGAACCCGAGGUGGUCUGGGCCAGACUUCUUUUGCACGUGCGUGACUCGGGGAGGCCCAGAACUGGCACUCAGAGCAUGCGGAGGCAGCUUUCAUGUGUCGGCCUGGGGCCCUUUGUUGCCUCUGCCCCAGCUGGGGUCUGGCCUGUGCUGCCUCAGAGGUUUAGGAGGAGCCUCAGAAAGCCUUGCAGCCGCCAUGGGUCCAGCUUCUCCUCCAGUGGCCACCUCCCGUCCUGAAGGAACAUGGAUGGAGCAGAAUCACGACGAACGCUACGUUUUUCUGGCAGAAUGGUAUGACCCGAGCGCUUCCCUUCUGCGGCGGUAUGACCUGUUGUAUUACCCCUCGGAUGGCUCUGUUGAAAUGCAUGAUGUAAAGAAUCACCGGGUCUUUCUGAAACGAACUCAGUAUGAGAAUGUACAUCUCCAGGAUUUAUUUAUUGGCAACAAAGUGACUAUCUUUUCCCGACAGCUGCAUCUGAUUGACUAUGGAGAUCAAUUUACAGCCCGCCAGUUGUGCAAUAGGAAAGAAAAAACCCUGGCAUUACUUAAACCAGAUGCAGUACCUCAUGUUGGAGAGAUUAUUGAUGUAAUAUAUAAGGCUGGAUUUCAAAUAAGUAAACUUAAAAUGAUGAUGCUGUCAAGGAAAGAAGCAACAGAUUUCUAUGUAGAUCAUCUAUCAAAGCCAUGCUAUAAUGACCUUAUCCAGUUUAUUACAGUUAGUCCUGUUAUUGCCAUGGAGAUUUUAGGGGAUGAAGCUAUCAGUGAAUGGAAGAAAUUAAUAGGACCUGCAAACCCUAGUAUGGCUCGAACAGAUUCUCCUGGAACCAUUAGAGCAAAAUAUGGAACAGAUUUGUUAAGAAAUACAGUUCAUGGUCCUGAUUGUUUUGCAACUGCUGCCAAGGAAUUGGAAUUGUUCUUUCCCUCCAGUGGAAAUGGUGGGCCAGCGGGUACUGCAAAAUUUACUAACUGUACUUGCUGUGUUAUUAAACCUCAUGCUAUUAAUGAAGGGCUUUUGGGAAAGAUUCUAAUUGCCAUCCGAGAUGGAGGCUUUGAAAUUUCAGCUAUGCAGAUGUUCCAUAUGGACCGAGUUAAUGUUGAAGAGUUUUAUGAAGUUUAUAAAGGAGUAGUAACUGACUUUAGUGACAUGGUGACAGAAUUGUAUUCUGGUCCUUGUGUAGCAUUAGAGAUUCAACAACAUUGUACAAAGACAUUCCGUGAAUUCUGUGGGCCUGCUGAUCCUGAAGUAGCUCGUCAUCUCCGCCCUGGAACCCUCCGAGCCAUCUUUGGGAAGAGCAGAAUUCAGAAUGCUGUUCACUGUACUGAUCUGCCUGAGGAUGGUCUUUUAGAGGUCCAGUAUUUUUUCAAGAUCUUGGAAGAUUAGCAAUAUCAAAGAGGGAUCAGCAGGCAACAUGGAACCUUGGCGACAAGAGCAAAGCACACGCAUAAGUAAUGUGUUCAUUCAUUUAUUGUCCAUUGUUUUAACCUGACUGAAUACAAGACCAACAAGAGCACUGUACUCCUGGCAAUUAUUACAUAUGUUAGAACAUAGAUUUUGCACUUUAGACAACAUUUAACACCAGUCUAUGGGGUACUGCAUUGCUUUUUAUAAAGUUCAAAAUAAAGAUUUAUUUUCAAACAAGUGACUUUGGUUUAUUUCAUACAUUACACUUUUUCUUGCAGAAAAAAAUAAAAUUGUACAACUGCAUAAAUAUAAAAUUCUUCCACCAUGAAAAUGGUUAAAACAUUCAUAAAGACACAGCACCAGCAUGUGAUGCCUCCAGAGAAAGAAAGGAAAAAAAAAGAGAGAGAGAGAGAAAGAAAAUAUACAAAGCAAAAUAAUUAGCCCUAUCACCAGCCAAAGUGAUAGAUGAACCCAGGUCUCAUACAAAACUCGAGAACAUACUGGAGGACAAGGGAAGAAAUGUAGAGACAGCAUUCAAUACAAAGCACAAUACAACCCAUCACCUUUUUUUUUUUUCUUUAGCUUCACUUAAAAUUCAAAGGGCAAUUUACCCUCCCCCCUCCCUGGACAGUCCUCCCCCCUCCCUGGAAAAAAAAAAGAAGAAAAUUAAAUAAACCUAACAUCACAGGAAAAGGCUCUAUGGAGUGUUGUUAAAUAUGCUCAUAGAUGGGCCUUUAUCUUGAAAAGAGCAAAGCAAAAAUAAGUACCAUGCCAGUUUUAUUCCCAUUGAGUAUUUACACCUUGGACAGCAAACCUUGCUCACAUAAAGUAGAAAACAGAUACAAUAAAACAUGGCUUGAAAAAUGACCAGAGUAUGCACCUAUAGUACUGUACACUAAAUAAAAUACACAAGGCAGCAAUACUUAGGGGCCAGAAACACUGCUUACUACAAGUCAGUUAUGGAAUCAUAAUUUACAGUAAAAAUGGGCACGUCCCAAGGCUCAAUUUUUGUUUUUUUUUAUUUUGUCAUUUACAGUAGAAUAAAUAUUUUGUUGCUAUUGCUACACUUUAAAUUUACAUUCUAACCUAGUAAAUGCAGAAAGCUAGUGUAAAGCAUAUAGAUUAAGUGUAGGUCCCAUACGUAUGACAGUUUGUUCAAGACUAGUAGUUU